GAAGACAAACGUCGUCGUAACACUGCAGCUUCUGCUCGUUUCCGCCAUAAGAAGAGGCUUCGCGAGCAAGUCCUUGAAAAGACGGCCAAAGAGAUGACAGCCAAGUCUGAAUUAUUGGAGAUCCGUGUCCGAGAAUUAGAGAUGGAGAUCAAAUGGCUCCGAGGGCUGAUUGUC